ACAACAAAAACAAAUUGUUACGAUAUAUUAUCUUACUUAUAUACAUAGAGUUUCUAAUUAGUGAUGGCUCUUAAGUCAUUUAUAUUAAUCAUUGCCAUAUUGGCUGUGGUUACUUCAAUAAGCCAUGCAUCUGAUCCUAGCCCUCUUCAGGAUUUUUGUGUUGCUGUUAAUGACUCAAUGAAUGCUGUUUUCGUGAAUGGAAAAUUUUGCAAGAAUCCAAUGGAUGUCAAUGCUGAUGACUUUUUUAGACCAGGGCUAAACCUGGCUGGAAAUACUUCAAAUCAACUUGGAUCUGCUGUAACUGCAGUGAAUGUUAACAAUUUGGCAGGACUCAACACUUUGGGAAUUUCUUUAGCUCGUAUUGAUUUUGCACCAUACGGUCUGAACCCACCUCAUACUCACCCCCGAGCAACUGAAGUUCUUACUCUCUUCGAGGGUACGCUCUACGUUGGAUUUGUUCUUUCGAACCCUGGUCCAAAUAUGAAGAACAAACUCUUUACAAAAAUCUUGCAUCCUGGAGAUGUGUUUGUUUUCCCAGUAGGUCUAAUUCAUUUCCAAUUUAACGUGGGAAAGACUGAUGCAGUUGCAUUUGCUGGACUCAGUAGCCAAAACCCAGGAGUCAUUACUAUUGCAAAUGCAGUAUUUGGUUCAGAUCCACCAAUCAAUGACGAUGUUCUUGCAAAAGCAUUCCAAAUUGAUAAAAAAGUUGUCGAUUAUCUACAGUCACAAUUCUGGUGGGACAACAAUUAAAAAAAAAUAGUAUAAGCCAAAUAAUACUUUUAAUUUUGGCGAUAUAUAUUAUGUGUGCUUAUGUUUUGAAUUUUAGAAAAAUCAUAAAUAAAUAUCAUGAUUUAGUCUUGUAGACUGGUUUCAUUGAUAUCUUUGUAUUGGAUGUAUUAAACGAGGAUUUGUUUUAUAGUAAAAUUAUGUUUUAUUGU